AUGGCUGACUCGUUGAGCUCCAGUCACCUCGCCGGGGUUGCUAGCACGGUAGCCGGGGCAGCUCCCCCCACCAAGGUCCCGCCGCUCGCUAAACCGACGGAGGCGAAAGGAGCCGCGGACAACCGCUCUCAGUCUUCCCGGGAAUUCAACCCGCCGCCACCCAAGAAGGUCCGAGUGGAGGAGAAGAGCGUUAAACCGAAGAAAGUCAACCGCGAUGGGGGAGUGGGAGGAAACAGCCUGACUAAAGAGAGGCUCCAACAGCCCGUCAAGCAGAGUUACGCCGACGCGGCUCUGUGGGGCUUCAGCCCGGCUAGGGUGAGCGGCGACAGCCCCUCCUCGGUGCCUCUCGUCGGAUCCCAACAGCCCGCAAACAUCCACAAAGUCUUCAAACAGAGCGAUUUCUUCCUCCACAAGGCGCCUUCCUGCUCCAAACCCAAGAAACCCAGCAAAGAUAAACAGCGGGAGAAAGAGAGGGAGAAGGGUAAAGGAGGGGAGGAGAAGAAGAAGCAUAAGCUACUGACCACCGAGAGUAGUAAUAAUAACAACAACAACAACGUCAUCAGCGGAAUCACUAACAAUUCUGCAAUUAGAGAGAAAACGGAGAUGUCAUAUUGCCACAGAAAGCUCUUCAGGUUUGAAAUCUCUAGGCCUUGCAGUAGUCGGCAGUACCGAGAGCACUCUAGCAAGGACAAGGCAAAAGAGAGGGAGAGGGAGAAGGAGAGGGAGAAGAAGAAAGGAGUGAGAGAAAAGGAGCGAGAGAAGGAGAAGAAGAAGCACAAAGUGAUGAACGAGAUCAAGAGGGAAAACGGAGAAGUGAAGCAGCCAAUAAAAGGUGAAAAGGAGAAAGUCAAGACUGACUCGGAGGAGCUGCUGAUCAAAAAAGUCAAGAAAAAAAAGAAGAAGAAACAUAAAGAGGGGGAGAAGCACAAGCGGGUGAAGAUGUACCACCGCUCCAGCCAAACCAUCUGUGCUGGUCUGCUCCUCCUGCCUCCCUCCUCUCCCUCCCCUUCCUCCUCCUCAGCCUCAUCUUCCUCUCCUUUCAAACCCCCACUGCCCAUCCAUGCAUCUCCUCACAACAACAAAAACACCCACCUCUUAUCCUCCACCUCCCCUCCUGUCACAUCCAAAUUCCUCUUCAACGCCUCUUUCCCUAACACCCUGCAGUCCCCCCACACUCUGGCAAGCAAAUCCCAGCAGCGGUGCAUCUAUCCUGGGAUGAAGGGCUUAGACUUUGCUCCCUACAUCCACAUAGAGAACCAGCCUAAUGGAGGGGCCCUGGUAGCCCAUGCGUACACGUCGCAGCUCUCCUCUCUCUCCUCGGCCCAAAGGCAGAAGUUCGCCCAGGAGUUCGUCACACUGGCAUUCAGCGAAGACUCUGCACAGGCAGCCCACUAUGUGAUGGGGAUUGUCCAUGGGGCAGCUACCUACCUACCUGACUUCCUAGACUACUUCUCUACAAAGUUUCCCUCAGCUCCAGUUAAAAUGGAAAUACUGGGCAAGAAGGAUAUAGAGACCACCACUAUGACUAACUUCUACUCUCAGGUGAAGAAAACAUACAGCCAUGGUACCUACAGAGCUGGGGCCAUGCGACAAAUCAGCCUGGUGGGCGCCGUGGACGAGGAGGUCGGGGAUUAUUUCCCAGAGUUUCUCAGCAUGCUGGAAGAGUCACCUUUCUUGGAGUGUACGCUGCCAUGGGGAUCAUUCUCCAGUCUGAGGCUAAUGAGCCCUACAGAGAGUGACGAUGGUCCCAUCAUGUGGGUUAGACCAGGAGAGCAGAUGAUACCUGUGGCUGACAUACCAAAGUCCCCCUUCAGGAGAAAAAGGUCUACAAAUGAGGUGAAAAACCUGCUCCAGUACCUGCCCAGGACCAGUGAGCCCAGAGAGAUGCUGUUUGAGGAUAGAACCCGCGCCCACGCUGAUCACAUCGGUCAGGGUUUUGAGCGGCAAACCACAGCUGCCGUGGGGGUGCUGAAGGCCGUACACUUAGGAGAAGGCAUGGAGCCUCCUCUUGUAACCAAAGAUGUUGUGUGUUUCCAUGCUGGUGAUUUCCCUGAUGUAGUGCAGAGACUACAGCUGGACCUACAUGAACCACCACUGUCUCAGUGUGUCCAGUGGGUGGAUGAUGCCAAGCUAAACCAGCUGCGUCGUGAGGGCAUCCGCUAUGCCCGCAUCCGGUUGUGUCAUGACGACAUCUACUUCAUCCCCCGCAACGUGGUCCACCAGUUCAAGACGGUCUCCGCUGUCAGCAGCCUGGCCUGGCAUGUGCGCCUAAAACAGUAUCACAGAGGAGAUGGUGAGGAGAUGGAGCAAGCAGAGUGGGAGGGCAAGGUGAUGAAAGAGGAGGAAGAAGAGAGUGCGAUUGAUGAGGGGCCAGAGCUGAAGGGGGAGACGGACUGCAAAGGAAGUGACAUUGAGGGGAGAUCCAGAGAGGUGGGUUCUCCUUCUCUUCCAAAGGAUGGGAGACCCAAAGCACACCAACACCAUUCACCUCUUUCUCCUCACCACCAUCUUCAACAGCCUCAUCAUAACUUGGACAGCAGGACAUCGUCUUCCAGCCCAGGCUCCAAUUCCUCUUCCAAAGUCUCCCCAUCCCGCUCUGCCUCCUCUAAGUCUUCCCCCUCCAUGUCUUCCCCCUCCUUCUCUGUCCCUCCAUAUCCCUUUUCCACUCCUUUAACAGAACCCAGUGUCACUCACUGCUCCUCCUUUCCCUCUUUUUUGUCCUCCUUUGCUCCCAAUCCUGCUUCUUCCCCCACUUCCUCCAGAUCGUCAAUCUCCACUUCCUCACCCUCUCUCCUCACCACUCCCAAGCCCGCGGGGCUCUACGCUGAUUCUUUCUCCUCCCAUCAUUCCUCCUCUUCUCAGCCAGAUCAAACCAAGGACAAGGACUUGCUCAGCCCAAAGGUUAACGCUCACUCAGACACGUGUGCACGCAUGCAGUCGGACACAACAGCUCAGCCAGCGCCUGCAGACCCACGAACACACAUGGCGUCGGAGAAAGAUGGACUUACAGUGUGGACUCGGACUCGCACACUCCUGCGGGCCCAGCGACGUGCACACCACAGGACGCAGGGAGGCAGUGCCCUCCCCAAGGAACACAUGCACAGCAAUACACACCACAGGAUCUCCCCUCUCCUCACCUCCAACAAAACCCUGCCCCUUCAUUCCCCCCCCUCUUGCAGCAUGCCCACCUUCCAGCCACUACCACUUCCCCCCAUCUCGCUCAACCCCGACCUCCGGGCCCUGCCCAUUUCAGCCAAAUGCAGUGUGCAUUUCUCAGUCCAAACACACAUUCCCAGUCCCAUUCAGCUCAUUUAA